AGGACAACAUGGUGUACCUGUUGAAUUCUAUAGAGAACCUAAGGAGCCACAUCAACAACCGUCCUCCACUGGUCAUUUUUAUGAUCAGUGUCAGUGCGGUGGCCAUCGCCUUCCUGACCAUCGGGUAUUUCUUCAAGAUUAAAGAGAUAAAGUCUCCGGAGCUGACAGAGGACUGGAACACCUUCCUGCUGCGCUACAACGAGCUGGACGUGUGCGUGUCGGAGAACGAGACGAUAAAGCAUGGCCUGAACGAGUCCACCACACCGGACAGCCUGGUUGUGACCAGUGGCCAGGCUCGCUCCAGCACCCAGACCCCCCUCCCGCUGGACGACUCGGGCGCCAUCAACAUCUCUGUCCCCAUCACGCUCACGCUGGACCCGCAGCGCCCGUUCGGAGGCUACUCGCGCAACAUCACCCACCUGUACGCCACCGUGCUGGGGCAGCAGGUCGGGCUCUCUGGCCGGGAAGCCCAUGAAGAAAUAAACAUCACCUUCACCCUGCCUGUAUCCUGGAACUCGGACGACUGUGUGCUGCACGGACACUGCGAGCAGGUGGUGUUCAGCACUUGCAUGACCAUCACAGCGGCCAGCAACAUCUUCCCAGUCACAGUGCAGCCGCCCCACUGCGUGCCGGAGACGUACGCCAACGCCACCUCCUGGUACAAGGUGUUCACCACAGUCCGUGACUCAGACACCAAGUACAGUCAGGACUACAACCCCUUCUGGUGUUAUAAAGGAGCCAUCGGCAAGGUGUACCACGCUCUCAACCCAAAGCUCACCGUCAUCGUUCCAGAUGAUGACCGCUCUCUCAUCAACCUGCACCUGAUGCACACUAGCUACUUCCUGUUUGUCAUGGUCAUCACCAUGUUCUGCUAUGCAGUCAUCAAGGGGCGGCCGGGCAAAGUACGACAGACCAGCCCUGACUUCUGCCCCGAGAAGGUACAACAGACACCAGCCGAGCUAAAUGACGUGCACAGGUGGCGCUGUCAGACUGUUAAAAUGAUGUGAGAGAGCUUUGUCAGAACUUAACUGCAAAAACGGACAAACUCAAAAAAAGACUCGGACGAAAUAAGAUAAACAUACCAGUUGCCUAGUGAACCCUGGAAAUACAAAUAAGGGACUCGAAAAGCUCUGUGAAUGCAUUACUCCUUGCAAUGUUGGGUUUCUCCAACCAAAGAUAUACAAGUGCCUGUAUCUGUGGUGUAAAUAUUUGUAGGAACUCUGAUAAUCUGUGCAAGACCUUUUCUUCUUUUUUUUCACUAUGAUUCUGAUUCUUUGCCUGGGUUCCCUCGUGCCAUGUGCGCACACGCAGUACAGACACACAGCAAACGGCCACUUUCAAGAACUUCAUCGCCACUUUUUUUAUUUUUUAUUAUAAGGAAGAUCAAGAAGAAGAAGGAGGUGGUGGGAGUUUUUUCUCUAAAUGUUUUUGGGUUUUUCAUAGACUGUGAAUAAAGAUGGACGAAUGAAGAAAUGAAGCUAAUAAUUAAUUAAACCAAACUUCUGAAGCAUCAGUGUGAUUGAUCCACGUCCCAUCUGCUAACAUGGAGGAGAGGGGCAGUCCACACACUUUGGGGACAUGACCUGAUGUGUUCUCCAUCUUUAUUUACCGUCUUCGUCCCUUAACAGAUGUUUUAGAAGACGACCCGCGAUGAUGAGCAUGAUGUCUUGUCGCUUGAAAACAAAACGUUUAAGUGACUCAAAUGAAAAGAUGGGUUGAGGUGGACGAGAUGCUUGUGUCAAACGUUUUAUCGCAGCUUCGAACACGGAGGAGAAUGAAUGUAGCAUGUUGCUCUGCACCAAACUCGUCACAACUCGUUAAUUCAGAUGAACUCUAACCAAAUCAAGCAUCAGUCCCCCCCCCCCUGUGUGUUUGCAAGUAUUCAGAUUAUUUCUGAUGUCGCAGUCCAAGAAGCUGCACAACCUGUAGUUUUUUGUUUGUUGAGUUAUCUAACGUUGUCACGCUUAAAAAAUAUUGUUUUUCUGCCUUUUGAUUAUUAUUUCCGUCUGUGGCUUCUUCGCUCACCUGCCUCUCGCUGUUCGUCAGCUGCCAGUUGCUCUGCAGCACAUGUACAGUCUCUAUAGUCUCUGUCUUUCACCUGGAUGGAGUAAACGUAUGAAUCUUGCCUUAUACCUACACUACGAUACGAUUGACCUGCUUGCUUAACACAGAAAUAAAAGGCAAGGAGAUGGUUCUCUCUUUCCAGUGUGAACACGCCAGUCUCCUCUUCCUCAGCCGUCGUUCUCCUUCGGUUCUAUUCCACUUUAAUGAGCCUGCGGUCGGAAAGCAAAAGUUGUGAACUUUUUUUUUGUCUCUUAAUGUAAAUGUCAAGUUGCCCUUGAGUUGUUUUAUGAUGGGAAGCUUUUUUUUAUAAUUUUUUGUGCUUUGAUUUAAAGUGAAGCAAUAUCAGUUGCACUUGUUUGCGUCGUUUCUGCACCUUUUUCGUUUCUUGCACAUUUUGUGUUAUUUUAAACAAAUGGCCAAAAUCACAUGUGAACUAAUGUGAAACUACGAAGUUGGACUCCAACGAAAAGUAAAUAAAAACUAGAAUAGAACCAAGUGUAAAGUGGAUUCCAGUGACUUUACAUUCAGAGAGAGAAAGUUUAUCUUUUCUUUCCAGCGUAAACAUGAAUCAUGAUUAAAUAACUUAAAUUAUUUUUGUAGACACAAAUCAACGCAGACAGCAAAAUGUGCAAAAACUCACUCGGUGUGUGAAAGUGAGUGUUGAGUGAGUUUUCGGUGAACAAAGGCGGCUUUAGUUGUUGAUUCUCUCAAAGUCUGAUCCAGUAUCUGGAUGCUUGUAAAUGUGAAAUUCAGAAAGUUAUGAGUGUGUAUCGAAUUGACGUCACAGAAACAAAAACAUCUUCACACUUUUCAUGACUUUGUUGUCGUCAAACUUUGAACUGCAGCUUUAAGGAUCCAACUCAUGCUCUUCCAGUGGUUAUUUAAUCCAUAUUUAAACUUUAACAAUCAUGUAUUAACUCACAUUUUAUUUGAAAUUUGCAAUAAAUAAAACUGUACUCGAUUCACAUUAGAUUAUUAUUAUAAUUGAUAUCUUACUCAUUCUUAAAGGAAAACCAGAGAAUAAUAGAACAGUCUAAAUCCGCCUUUAUUUUGUUUAUGUACGACUUUAUUUCUUUCUUUUUAGGUUUUACUUACCUCGUUAUGAUUCUGUUCCACAUUUGAAAUACCUGUUGAAUGUACUUUUUCAUAGAAGCAUAAUUUGAAUCUGAGAUGCAAGAAUUCCAAGUGAUUUUGAAACAUGUCGUAGUUUGUAGUUGUUUUCAUUUUGUUUCUGGUUGAAAGGUUUUACUUGAAUUGAAAAGUGGUUUUCCUGAAAGGUUUUUAUCCGUUUGUGGCAAAGAAAAUGAAACUGUUGUCACAUUGUAUCAAACACUUUAAACAUAUAUUGUUGGAUUUUUUCGUGUGUGUGUCUGUUGUGUGUCGGUGGAUGAGUGAGAGGUGUCGACUUUUGGGGUGUGAUUUUUUAUUUUUUUUUCCUGGGACAAGUCUUCCUGAUUUUGAUGUUUUCAUAUUCGAGCGUUCGUCUGGCUGCUCUUAUCGGACGGGAUGUUCGUGAGCAGGUGUGUGUGUGUGAGCGAAGGAAACUCGAUGGUGUGAAAGAUGCUUGACGUUUGCAUUGCCGUCAUAAUUAAAGCAACACUGUGUAACUUUGUAAUUAAGCAACAGCGCCCUCUGCAGCCUCACAUGGGGAUCAGGUCUGUUGGGCUCUGAGCGAUGAAGGUGUCGGCGUCUCUAGGACAAACCAAACAACUUUCUCUGUGGCCGUUAAAACAUAAUAACAAUCUUUUUAGCUCGGAUCAGACAAGAUGGCUUCAAGUCAUCAUCCCUAUUAAUGAUUUGAUUGAUUCUCAAUAUCGUCCGAUGCGCAAAGUCCAGUUACUGGAAUCCGGAGGAAAUCCGAACAUCUCUGUUCUUACCUCCUGGAACAAACGUUGAGGACGAGGAGUGAGAAUAAAAGAGGAAACUUUCUCUCUAGUCACUGAUUCAUCAAACUCAUUUAGAAGCUUCUGUUUUAAGGUGAACAAGUUGCCCAGUGUUGCUCCAACGAUGUCGCUGAUCUGUUUUCAUGUGAUUUUUCUGUCUUCGUCUCUUCUUGCAAAAUGCCUUAACAUUGUUCACAUACAUUAGAUUUUCUUUUUGAAUAUAGUACAACGCGCCGGCUUUUUGAAACUCCAAUCUAAAACAGACUUCUCAUGUUACCACCUCUGAGCUGAAGAAACUCAGAAGACCGCGCUCAGUGUUUUGAAUCUACUCCACUUAUAUAUCGUCUGGAGGCGUUUUUUCUUCCACGUUCAGAAAUCGGGCAGAACAAACCGGAAGCUCGAGCCCGAGGCGUCUCAUCGUCCUCCGUCGUGUCAGCAGCGCUUCGGCGAGUAUUAAGCCAACUCUGUGCCUUCUGCACUACGGAGCUGCAUCCUCUCCCCUGUUCAUCCGGUAGAUAGGACCAUAGGUUUCAUGUGGCUGUAGGUCCUCAGCUGAACCCUUCUCUUCUCCAGUGGAACUGCUGUAAAUGAAUUCAAGUUUAAAUAAACUGUCUCAAUGAUAAACCCGCA